AUGGCGACUGUCAUUCACAACCCCCUGAAAGCGCUUGGGGACCAGUUCUACAAGGAAGCCAUUGAACACUGCCGGAGUUACAACUCCCGCCUGUGCGCAGAGCGCAGCGUGCGUCUCCCAUUCCUGGACUCGCAGACCGGGGUGGCCCAGAACAACUGCUACAUCUGGAUGGAGAAGAGGCAUCGAGGCCCAGGCCUUGCCCCAGGCCAGCUGUACACAUACCCUGCCCGCUGCUGGCGUAAGAAGAGACGAUUGCACCCACCUGAGGAUCCGAAACUGCGGCUGCUGGAAAUAAAACCUGAAGUGGAGCUGCCCCUGAAGAAGGAUGGAUUCACCUCAGAAAGCACCACCCUGGAAGCCUUGCUCCGUGGUGAGGGGGUGGAGAAGAAGGUGGAUGCCAGGGAGGAGGAGAACAUCCAGGAAAUACAGAGGGUUUUAGAAAAUGAUGAAAAUGUAGAAGAAGGAAAUGAAGAAGAGGAUUUAGAAGAGGAUAUUCCCAAGCGGAAGAAUCGGACCAGAGGACGGGCCCGUGGCUCCGCAGGUGGCAGGAGGAGGCACGACGCCGCCUCGCAGGAAGACCAUGACAAACCCUACGUCUGUGACAUCUGCGGCAAGCGGUACAAGAACCGGCCAGGACUCAGCUACCACUACGCUCACACUCACCUGGCCAGCGAGGAGGGGGAUGAGGCCCAAGACCAGGAGACCCGGUCCCCACCCAACCACAGAAACGAGAACCACAGACCCCAGAAAGGACCGGAUGGGACAGUCAUUCCCAAUAACUACUGUGACUUCUGCUUGGGGGGCUCCAACAUGAACAAGAAGAGUGGGAGGCCGGAGGAGCUGGUAUCCUGUGCAGACUGUGGACGCUCUGGUCACCCCACCUGCCUGCAGUUCACCCUGAACAUGACCGAGGCUGUCAAGACCUACAAGUGGCAGUGCAUAGAAUGCAAGUCCUGCAUCCUCUGUGGGACCUCGGAGAAUGAUGACCAGCUACUCUUCUGCGAUGACUGUGACCGUGGCUACCACAUGUACUGUUUAAAUCCCCCCGUGGCUGAGCCCCCAGAAGGGAGCUGGAGCUGCCACUUAUGCUGGGAACUGCUCAAAGAAAAAGCCUCAGCCUUCGGCUGCCAGGCCUAGGGUCCCCGGUCACACAUAUGAGGUGACUUGCCACUGGAGAGGCUGAAGCAGAGCCCAGUUCAAAGCCGAUCGAGCCCCUUCUCCCGUAUAUCCAGACAGACCAACCUUAAGGAGGAACGCCAAUCAGUAGCCACAGAGCACGCGGACACAGGGCAUCAAGGGGCGAGGUGUCUGCUUACCUCCUACGUGCAGGUUUCCGUCCUUCAGCCAGCCCCCCACCCCUUGUUUCUGCCAGAAAGAUGGUAAACUUUUGAAGAAUGACCCCAGCCACAGCCCUGUGGGCCCUCCCUCACAUUUAUCCUAGCACUGGGCCCUCUCACUGGUUCCCCAUUUUAAGGUCCCAUUUUGUGACCACCCAUCCCGUCACUCCUGUGUGGUUUGGUGUUUCGUAUUAUCUAUCGUGUUCCAAGAACCUUCGCACAGCCUCCCUGCCCUCAGCUUUGUCUUUCCAUCCUGAACUCAGCGGAGGAAUAAAGGGCUGCGGAGAAGUUUUUAUUUAUUAGAAGCCUCCCUGAAAACUUCUAGACUCGGAACCUGGAGCCCAUCCAGAUAAUGAAGCCCUGAAAUCCCUCCUGGUACCUCCGUCUCUUUGAAGAAGAACUUUUUGCUGCUUUCUCCACC